AUGUGUCAAAUAAUUUUCGUUUUUAUACUGUUAUUGGUGACAACAAAAGCAACGGUGUAUAAUGAGUUAGAAUUUACAUCGGCUUUUGACAAUGAGCUAUACGAGAGAGUUAUAGAUGAUCAGAAGUGUGAAGAGCAGUUGGAAUAUUUGGCUAGAAAUUUUUCGGUAACUCUGGAAUUUAUAGAUUCUAGUGGAAAAAUUCCAAAUGGUAUCCUACUAGGAAACUUGGCGGACUUUGGAAACUAUCAUCAAUGUCUUGGAAUCGAUCAUUUAACGGACGAUUUACAUAUAGAAGGAAAAUACUGUAUGAUAAGGGUUCCAUUAAAUCUGGGAAUUGGAUCAAUCGCUCCAUCAAGAUUUUCAAAUGUUGAUGAUAAUUAUUAUGCGUCAGUAUUUGACGAAAAAAUGAUCGCCAAACUAAAUCAUCUUAAUAGAGUGAAGAACCAAGCUGAUUUAAUGUUGAAUGGAAAGACCUUAUCGUCGUCCAGAUCGUCUACUCCUGCUUUAGCUUUGACAUUGGGCGUAUGUGUUCCUAAAGUAUGCAGAUCAACGCAAGUUUUCAAUGUCUUGUAUAACAGUAGUUUCGCUAUUAGCGAACAAUAUUGCCGUUUGCCUAAUGACAAACCUAUGAGUGCGGCAGAUUAUGUGGCUAUCGCAAUAUUUUCAGUAAUAUUACUGAUAACUAUAAUAAGUACAUCCUAUACUGGUUAUCAAGUUUUUGUAUUGAAGAAAGAAUAUUCUGAACUCAACCCAUUUUAUAGUUUAUUCUCAGUUCAAACUAAUAGCAAAAUGUUGUUUUAUACUAAAAACCCAACUGGGACAAUAGAAUGUAUGGAUGGAAUCCGCGCUAUAUCUAUGUUCUGGGUGGUUGUUGGUCACACUUACUUCUUAAGCAAUCAUUUGUACCUAACUAAUGGCAUAGCUGCCUUACAAUGGUUCAGAUUAUUCACUAGUGUUUGGGUAAACUCGGCGCCGUUGGCUGUCGAUACGUUUCUCACGCUUAGUGGAUUGCUCUGCGUUUACACCGUUAUCGGGAAGAUAAAUCAACGCCAGUUUCUAAAAACUCUGCAUCUUUUUUAUUUAAACCGUCUUCUCCGGAUGUUUCCACUCUUGGCUGCAGUGAUACUUCUCCAAGCUUCUUUCAUCCAUAGAUUAUCUGAUGGUCCAGUGUGGACAAAUGUUGCAACAGCAACAGAACAAUGUCGUAUACGAUGGUGGGCAGCGUUGUUGCAUGUGCAGAAUUAUAUUCGACCUUUAAUUAUAUGUUUGGGACCGACUUGGUAUUUGUCAGUGGAUAUUCAGCUCUACGUCGUGAGCCCUUUAAUUCUUCUGUGGUUGUUUGGUAGCAAAAUUUUCGCUUGGUGUUCCCUUGUUGCAGCCGUUUUCAUAUCGUUAGGUGUAACAAGUGCUUAUUGUUUUAUAUAUAACUUCCGCGGCUCUGUUAUUAAUCCAUUUCGAGCAAACGAAGAAAAUUAUCUGGCAGAUUUUUACGUGAACACGCUAACGCGUGCUGCCCCAUUUUUCAUUGGAAUGGUGUUUGGAUACCUCAUGCAACAACUUAAAGAGAAAACACUUCAAUUAAAACAGAGCUUUAUAGCGGCGGCAUGGGCAUUAGCAUUCGCGUUUAUGGCCUUCUGCAUUUUCAGCGUAUACCCAGUUUUGCAAGUCGAUUAUGAUAAUCAAACAUUUGACAAUAUUCUCAAUUCGUACAUGAGAAGCAUAUGGGCAUUGGCUUUGGGCUGGUUAAUCUUUGCCUGUCACCGCGGAUAUGGAGGUCCAAUUAAUUGGUUUCUUUCACAUCAAAUAUGGAAAGUACCUGCUCGGAUAUCAUACGCCAUGUUCCUCAUACACUACCCCAUUAUAAUGGUCGCGAAUGGCAGUAUGACAUCACCCUACUAUUUCACAGAUGGUCAUACUAUAUAUCGUGCAAUGUCUGAUGUAAUGUUCACGUUUGGAGCAGCGCUUGUUCUUUGUAUUAUCAUCGAUAUUCCUUUCUCCAUUCUGCUAAAAUUUUUAAUCGGGAAAGGUAAAAAGUCUAACAGGAAACCUAAGUCUGAAUCUCAAACAAUAAUAGUAAAAAUCACUGAAAAUGAAGAAAAAGUAAAUUAAUUGUAAAUUAGUGAAUAUUAGUAAUUAUGUACUUCGUUCCAUGGCUUAAUUGGCUAAAGCACCGACAU